CAGUACUAUAAACUACAUAAAUUAUAAAAAAAAUUGGAUAUUUUUUUAUUUCGGAAACCAUGGAAGAGUAUGAGAAUAUAUACAAACACUUAUGUCGUGUGUGUUUAAAACAAAAUAAUGAACAAAACAUGGUUUCUUUAUUAGAUUUUACCAGCGUUGACGGCUUAAGUUGCUUUGGCAAAGCCAUUCUAGCCUUCGCGAGUGUUGACAUCCAAUCGAACAAUGUUUUUCCUACUUUCAUGUGCAAUGACUGUUUAUAUGGCCUAAAACAAGCUAUUUCUUUUAAAGUAAAGUUCGAAACAAGUGACAAACAGCUUAAAAAGUUGGCAAAUCAGUGUUUUUCUGAGACUGAGAUCAAAACAAAAGUCGUCGAAUAUGCAAUGUUUAAAAGUUAUUUCACCAACGAAGAUCUGCAAGGGUGUUCAAGUUCGUACAUGGAACGUGAAGUAAAACCCAAGGCGUUCAUGCAAAACAUCGCUGGAAUUGAUAAUCUGGAUGUAGAAAUACCUGUGUCUGAAGACAGCUUCAGUGAUAAUUUUCCAGAUAAUUCCGAUGAAUACAUUCCUAAUCCAUCUAAAAAACCUACCCAAUCACAAGAAGAGGCAGAUGCGAUUCUGGAUCGCAUUGAAAAACUGAUAGGCUCAUGUGCAGAUAUAUCAUCAAUAGAAUUUAAGAAAUGUUUUAAAAAGCAAACCUUCAAGCGGCAUAAAAAACUUGCACGAAGACAACAAAUGGAACUUCAAAGCAUAGAGUCAUUUAACUGUAAUGUUUGCCAUAGAGUCUUGGCUAACAAACAUUCAUAUGAUAAUCACAUGCAGAGACACAAUGGGUGUAGAUUUGUCUGUGAACAUUGUGGAAAGGGGUUUCCAGUGCUUACUGAACUACAAGUACAUCAAGUGGCUGUCCAUGGGACUGGACCAUACCUACAGUGCCGCCAGUGCCCGUACAAAGCUCCACGAAAGUUUAGUCUAACUGAGCAUGAAAGGAUACACACCGGUGAACGGCCAUACACAUGUGAAAAGUGUGGUUUAACAUUCCGAAGAAGAUUUGUCUGGAAGAAGCAUCACAUCUACCAUAAUGAGAAAACUAUUCAAUGCAGUUUAUGUCCCCGUAAAUUCUAUCUGCGGAGUGAGAUGCUAGCGCAUUGUAAUAAUGUUCACGAGAGGAUGUAUGUGUACUUGUGUAAUAAAUGUGGAGCCACCUAUGCAAAGGCUGCUACGGUCAGGCGGCAUUUAACAGAAAGACACGGAGUGCCAAGAGAAGUGCAAGGCAAGGUAAUUAGGAUUAAUAAAGGGAAAGGUGAUUUUCCAGAAUAAAUUACAUAGUACCAGAGUAAAUUAAUAGUACCUAUUUUAAACAGUCUAAAACUUCUUUAUUUUUUCAAUAUAUUUUGUGACUCCUUGCCACCGACAAGAUGAAAGUAUUUGCUCAAUCUUAUUUUUUAAAGUACCCUAUUCUUUUGUUUUUGUUUAGAAUAAUUUAUGCACUUGACACUACUACUUAUAAGUUGCGAAUUAAUUUAUAAUUUAUAAUACAGUUACUUAAUGUGGACAAGAUGAUCUACAUUGUUAAGGCUGUGAACAUCAUGGAUCAUGGAUGAUGGUCAUGGAUCUAGUAUUAAGUAUGGAUUGGGCAUGAGUGGUGGGGGGAACUGCCAGAACGGGAUAGUCUUAUGUAUCUUUCAGUAGGAGUAGCAGAAAAAGCUCUAUUAGUUUUAUUUUUUGUUCUUGUCAGUCUCACUUUUUUUUAUUCCCCCCCCCCGUUUAAAUUUAGUAUGGUUUAUGGUGGGCAACAAAUAAGCCGACCAAAUUACGUAGGUUGUUUUUUGGCAUUUUGUCAGGAAUGUUUUCACAUUUUUAUCAUAAACAGACAUUUAAAAUGAACAAAUGUAAUAUAAACCAGAUGAAAAAAUAUACUUCAAAUAAAGCAUAUACCAAUAAUACCAAAAUGUUAAUGUUAUAUUAUUAUUUGCAUAUUAAUACCUGACCUUUAUUUUUAUACAAAU